GCCAUCAGUAGCAUAUCCCUCUCUACUAUACUCUCUCAAGCUAUUUCAGAAACACCGAAACCAGUCAUGCUAUGCAUUUUCAUCACAUUGCCUCCAAUGGCCACCAUGUCCAUAUGCACAUGUACCUCUCUCUGCACGCGAUCCUUCAAGUAG